AUGAUGUUAAGGUUUUCAUCAGCACAUCAAGGAGAGUCAUCAGACUGAAGCCGCUGAGAGAAGCAGAGGAUAGCAAAGAUGCAGUGGAAUGUGUUUCUGCUCAUUCUGAUGGGUCAGUGCUCUGUCUUCACAUGCUCUAUGCUCUAUGAGUACCACUUUAAUGAUGAAACAAAGACCUGGGCUGAAGCCCAGUCAUACUGCAAAGAGAAAUAUACAGACCUGGCCACAGUGUAUGACAUGGCAGACAUGAAGAAACUAAUAAUGGCUAAUAAUGGAAAAGAAGCCUGGAUUGGACUGUACAACGAAAAUGAUUCCAAAAGGACAUGGCAGUGGUCUCUGCCUGGGGUGGAGUACAAAGAGACAGAGGAAAACUGGGCUACAGGAGAGCCAAAUAAUAAGGAUGCACCUGAAAACUGUGUAAGGAUGGACAUAAAGGAAGAUAAAGCUCAGAAAUGGGUUGAUGUCCCUUGCUCUGCCAAUAAUACAUUUAUCUGCUACAAUGCAACAAAUGAAUUAGGAAUAAAAUUCCAUUUCAUUAAUAUGACGCUGAGUUGGCAAAAGGCUCAGAACUACUGCAGAGAAAAUUACACAGACCUGGUCAGCGGACUCCAUCAGCUAAAUGACAGCAAGUUCAAGAAUUUGACACAGCCUAAGGCUCAGCUGUGGAUCGGCCUGUUCAGAAACAACUGGAUGUGGUCAGAUGGGAGUAAUUUCUCUUUCAGAGACUGGGAUCAGGAGUUAUUGAAUGCUGGGAAACAUGAGAGAUGGGCUGUGUUGAGAGGAACAGGAAAAUGGGGAGCUGCCAAAUGUGAUGAAAAAAAACCCUUCUUCUGUUAUAAAGAUAAAAGGAUUCUGAUCAACGAAAGCAAGACCUGGGUGGAGGCCUUAUAUUACUGCAGAGAGAAAUACAAUGACCUGGUCUCCAUCACGGAUGCUGGCCAGCAGAAGUGGGUCCAAGAGAAAGCCAAGAAGGCCAGCAGUACUCACGUGUGGCUGGGGCUGCGCUACACCUGCACUCUGGACUUCUGGUUCUGGGUCACUGAUGAGGCAGUCAAAUAUAAGAACUGGGAUUCAGAUAAACAAACCGAUGACUGUAACAUGUCUGGGGCCAUGGACAGAGGAGGACAUCACAAAUGGUUUAAAAAACCUGAUAAUCAGAGAUUUAAUUUUAUCUGUACUGUUUAAAACACUAAGAUUUUCUCUCUUUUCUCUUUAUCACUUUUUUAGGUUGUAUUUAAAACUUAGUUUCCUCUCACAUCAGUGAGUCAGUCAGCUGCAUGUUUUGGCUUUUGAUGUUGUGGUUUAGAUCCAGUUACAUUAUGUAAAAUCAUAUUGACGUUAUGAGAACACUUUUUUCUUUAAAUGAAUAACUGAAUGCUCUGCUGUUAAAUAAACUUACAGACA